AGUGCUCUUUCCUCCCCGCCCGCCCGCCAGCCCGCGCAAUCCUGCAGUCGAAUCCAAACUAAGAAACGCUGGGGAGCGGGUUGGGAGGGGUGGCAGUUGCUGUUAAGAGUUUAGACCAAUCAGUCCUAGGCCCCACUUCUCUCGACCAAUAGGAAGUGGGCUAAGGCGCAGAGGCGGAAAGUGUAGCUACAGGAACAGGCAUCAGAGCCAAUCAGCCGUCGGCCUCGUUCCUGUCCGCCAACCAGCGGCAAGAGCGGGUCUGGGGGCGGGAGGCCGGAGCAGCUGUCAGGCUGAAGUCCAGCGAGCUAGCACGGUGGGGCGGCUGGAAGAAGCGCGGCGCCGGGCCGGGCCCUGGAGAUGGUCCCCGGCGCCGCGGGCUGGUGUUGUCUCGUGCUCUGGCUCCCCGCAUACGUCGCGGCCCACGGCUUACGCAUCCAUGAUUAUUUGUACUUCCAAGUGCUGAGUCCUGGAGACAUUCGAUACAUCUUCACGGCCACACCUGCCAAGGACUUUGGUGGUAUCUUUCACACAAGGUAUGAGCAGAUUCAUCUUGUCCCUGCGGAACCUUCAGAGGCCUGUGGAGAACUCAGCAACGGUUUCUUCAUCCAGGACCAGAUCGCUCUGGUGGAGAGAGGGGGCUGCUCCUUCCUCUCCAAGACACGGGUGGUGCAGGAGCACGGCGGGCGGGCAGUGAUCAUCUCUGACAACGCAGUUGACAAUGACAGCUUCUACGUGGAGAUGAUCCAGGACAGUACCCAGCGCACAGCUGACAUCCCUGCCCUCUUCCUGCUCGGCCGAGAUGGGAGGGCCGAGGCAACCUGGCUUCAGAUGACUGUCCUCGCGACCACCUUCCAGGCUCCCUGACCUGGCCUCCAGACAAGCUUGACGACCCCCUCCUCUCCUCAGAAUAAAUGCAGGAAGGCCCACCCCAGCUGCCCUUGAAACCCUGCCUGCACCUUCGGGCAGCUCCUGCGUGGAAGUCUGCUGUCCUCAGUGAGAAUGUGUAAUCUUUGGGUGGGAGUGGGCACUCAGCACAUUGGCAGCUAAAAUGCUAUUUCACGCCUGCUCCCUGACCCUCCACUUUCCAUUAUACUGACUUACUCACCACUAUCCUAUCAUGAGAUUCUGCCUUACCAUGUCAGGGCACCCGACCCUUCCUUCCUGUUCACCCCACUUCUCAACUUUCGGUCCCUGUUAGGCCACAAAGUUAAAUAGUGGCAAGAAGAUAGGUUCUCUGAAUAGAUUUUUGGCUCCAGGCUCUGUGGCUGGCAAAGGACCAAAUGUGGAGCUCCCCUCAGGUAGCCACAGAACAUCCAAGGCUAUUGGGAUGAGGGGAUCAUGGGGGAAGACUAACCUUGAA